AUGUACGUGUGGGAGAGUGACGAUGAGGUUAUCGGAGAAGGAGACCCACGCAUAGCGGUGAGGGGGAAGAGCUCAAGACAGCAGGGGACAAGGCGAUUCACUUCUACAUGGAAGUCCAUCAAAGAGCUGAAGGAUAAGGAAAAGGUCUCCAUCCACCAAGUCUCCUCUCAGAGCGAUCCCUACCUGCCACCCAAGGACAACAUGAUCAUCAACGCCUGGUGCUACAGCCAUGGCAAGGGCAUGCAGCCUAUCGCCUGA